GAAGAUUUGCUUGAUUUCUACUUAAAUGAUCCAAAUUUUAAAACAGAUAUCGUAGAUGAUAAAUAUAUGAAUGAAUUAUUUGGCCAAUUGUAUUUAUUGGUUUUUGCUUCGAUUAAUUAUGCUGGAAGGCCCGAAUUAUGGGAUGAAAUCUACGAAGAACAACUAAAAAUUCAUAACGAAUCUGAUGGUAUUUUAACUAUGGAUGAUAUCCAAAAAAUGGUCAAAUUGGAUUGCUUCUUAAGAGAAUCUUUUAGGUAUUCUGCAGAUAUAGACCGUGAUGUUUUUAUCAUGCAAAAAGAUACAGCCUUCAGUAAUAAAUUUUAUGGAGAAACUGCACAUGAAUUCCAACCAAAACGGCAUAUAAUUUCUCAUUCUAAUGGCAAAGUUGUUCACUCACCAGCUACAAAAGUUGAUAGAUCUUUAUUAACUUUUGGAGGUGGUAAACAUGCUUGCCCUGGCAGAUUUUUUGCUGUUAAUGAAAUUAAAAUGUGUUUACAUAAAAUGAUUUUAAAAUAUCAUAUUAGAACUGAAAGUGGUAAAAUUGAUCCUAUUAUAGUAAAAUCUUCUAUGCUCUUACCACCUAAUUCUGGUUUAGUUUUGGAAAAUC